GAUGCUCGAAGAAGUUAUCCUAACCCCAGGAGAAACUACAAACAAUUCUUUCGCUUUGACUGACGCCGUGAAACUGCUGACAUCAACAAUAAAUUCUCAAUUUCAACAGUUAGCUGAAAAAUUACAGGAAGACAGCACAAACUCUGCACAGUUGCUCAAGAAAAAGCUGAAAGAUAACAUCGCCGGAAAGCUCAAGUUCGAAGGUAACAGAGUGCAAUACAUAUUCAACGAAGAGUGUAUUGAAGAACUUGAUAAGUUAAAAGAUUUGUCUUCCAACGAUAAAGAUACUGUUAAACGUUUGAGAGAGAAAAUUAACACAAGACAAAAGCAUAUAAGAAUUGCAGAUGGGUCACCAACUGGGUGGAAAACGGUACAGGAGUACCAACUCAACGACGUGGCUGAAAACUCGGACGACGAGAAACGAAUCCGCAGUGCAGAAAACAGGGCGCUCAAACAGACGAAACAGGGGAAGAAGUCCCGGUUCUCUCCUUAUCUCAAACCUGCACCAACAGCUGCGGCUGGCUCUCCUGCUCAGCUGCCUUCUUAUGGUCUGCAACAGCAGAACAACGUCCUACAGACAGCAAACCCAUUCCUUCAGCCCUUUCGUGCAGCUAGCAGGCGCACACCGCAACCAAGUGACGUCUGCUACAAAUGUUUCCAAACGGGACACUGGAAAUCAAGAUGCCCCUCUCAGUUCGGCAGCACUGCGCCCUCCUCCUCAAAAUGAAGUUGAUG